AUAAAAGUAGUCCGGUGCCAUCUUUGAAGCAUGUAUUGAUCCGUUGAACCCUAGUGUACGAUUAUUCAUUCGCAGCCAGCGUUUAGUAAAAUCAAGAAAGGAAAAAGAGGCUUGACAAAAAACAAUUUAAUGGAAAAUGAAGAACAUAAUAGUAAGGUAUUUGCUUGUCCUAUGCGUUAUAAUGUGCCUUACUGUAUUAUACAUUCUAACAAUUGUGACGGGAUAUUAUCACAGUAAAGAAGAUGUCGCAAGGAGGACAGAAUUUGGUAAUGAACGAGACGUCGAUGGACAAUUUAAACAUGGUGCAUACGUGAAGAAAUCCUUUUCAUUUGUAACCUCUGACAUGGAAGCGAUUUAUCAAGAAAGAAGGAAACGAAUGUUGAAAGCAUGUGUUGGUCGUGAGGCUGAAAUGAAGGGAAAGAAAACAGCAAAAUAUGUGAAAAACAAUAUAAUAAUUGAUCAAGUGUUGGGAAUAGCCUAUUGUCCAGUAGAAAAAACAGCGUCGACAUUCUGGAAACGUGUUUUGCGGGUUGUGGUUGGCGAAGCGCACGCUAAAUCGCCUUUUGACAGCUCAGUUAUUGCACUGGCUACUUUUGAUAACAUGACUAGUAUUCCGGAAGACAUGGUCGAUAGAUUCAUGAAGGAAUCCCUAACAUUUAUGUUUGUCCGUGAGCCGUACGGUCGACUGUUAUCAGCCUAUGUAGAUAAACUGUUUUCACCAAAUCUGUAUUACUGGAAAUUAUAUGGUGCGUUUGGAGUAAAUGUUACGCGGAAUGAAUCAACUGAAUGUGGACACAAUCUGACAUUUAGAGAGUUUGUUAAAACAGUCUUAUAUGCGGAUGAGCACAACGAGAAAAGAGAUGGGCAUUUUACCCCUUCUUAUGAGCAUUGCGAUCCUUGUCGCUACAAAUGGCAGGUGAUCGGUAAUUUGGACACCCUUCCUCAGGAUAUUUUCUAUAUUUUGGAUCGCAUUGGUAGAACAGAUUUGAUGCGAUCCCUAAACAAGGAUUUUCGAGAGCAAUAUUUGAACGACACAAUAUUAGACCAGUUUAAUUGGUUAUUUUAUUUUCGAAAAAGCUAUGCUAUUGACUGUAAUGUGACGUUCUAUGAGGCUCAAAAAAGACUCUGGAAACAAUUUCAAAUCCGUGGUGUUCUCACAAAAGAAUCGGAAUUUCCCCUCACUACCGAAGAGAGUGAGGGUCUAACAAAGAAAAAACUAAUGAGUGUUGUGUAUAAUGCGAUGGGGAAUGCGGAGAAACGGUCCAAAGCAAGAAAAAACAAAGCAGAAGCUUUUAAAGAGGCCUACUCGACGUUAGACAGGGAAGAUUUAGAUAAGCUUAGUAAAAUCUUCCAACCGGACUGUGAUUUGUACGGAUAUGACUGUCAACCAGAGCAAUUGUUCAACACAGAAAGGACUGUAAUUGAACCAUGGUUCUUUAAAUAUGAUACGUAGCAUUCGUAUCAUCAUAAAGCUAUAGUGCUUAUGUUAGUUUAUACUUUUGGUGUAAGUAUGGGUAAUUCUGGUAUAAGUAUUGGGGACACAUGGCUUGAUAAAAAAAUGUAUUUCAUCUCAGCAGUAAAAACAGGAAGAAAGCGGGUACUGAUGAAUGAUCAGUCUCACAACGUCUUCACGAUCAGUGGUCUGCACUUCCACCCAAACAAAGUAUCCUUAUUUUUAUCAUGCAACGGGCGAACUAAUAGAUAAAAGUUGGAAUUAUAGAUAAACACAGUACUACAGUCUGUGUCUUGUCCAUAUAUAUCGGUUUUCGGACGGUAUGCUGGAUUAUUUAUCUCAUAAACAUUAUGUGACGGUCUUGGUCCGGAAAUUGUAGUCCGGAAAUAAGUACCCGCCUCUAUACAGCAUGUUGGUUUUGCUUUCCAAGUUCCUAUGUCUACCAUGUGGAAGCGUCACAGUGAGUCACGCUGAUAUUGUUUAGGCUAAAUGCGGGCCUCCCUAAGGAGUACGUGUUUAUGAUAACCUUAUGAUUUAUUUCAUAAUGUAUCUUUGAUGCCAGUUUUUAUGUUAUAUGCAUAUGUUCAUUCUGUACGUUUGGUAAAUCCGAUGGUUUUGUUGGGCUUGGGUGAGUCCCGCCAGAUUUCAAUCGGUGUCGUCUGCUUGUUUGCUCAACACAAUAAAGUAGUCAAAUAGUAUAUUUCAUUAUUUUGUACUUCCUUAUACUUCAUUAUAUAUUGUACCAACUGUAUGAAUAUGAAUGAUAGUAAAGAUGAUAUCGUGCAACUAGCCAUAUUUUUGUCUGGUAUUUGACGUGUUGUGUUUUGAAGGAUCUGGUUAGCACAGGGUCUUGUCUAAUUUAUU